UGUGAGAACAGCUGGAAAAUAGAUCUAACUGGUCACAGGAGCCAAGAAAGAUUCUGUAAACAUCUACAGAGUCUGAGUGACUGUAGAGCUUCACUACCAGUAAAAUGAAGUCUGUGCUCGUUCUGCUGGGUGUCCUCCUGCCUCUGACCUGCUUUGGUCAAAGUGGUUUGACUGGCAAGGGGCUGUUUUUCCCAACUCCAUCAGUGGAUUCCUAUGUAAGGCUCUUCCCCUUGAAGCCCCUGAAUUUAGAGGCCUUUACUCUGUGUAUGCGUCUGUAUGUGGAUCCGACUAUAGUAAACGAUGAAACCCGUGACACCAUCCUUUUUGCUUAUCGCACCCAAGACCAGGAUGAGCUUAAUGUCUGGCUGGAGAGCAAGAACAUCUCCUUAUACCUCACCAAUAGCUUAGUGGGCGUUACGUAUCCCACCCCACCUCUCUCCAUCUUCCGCACAAACCUGUGUCUCACCUGGGAAUCCAGCACGGGUCUGACCGCGCUCUGGGUGGAUGGCCACCGCAGCACUCUGCAGGCGUACGGGAAAAACAUCCAGGUUCAGUCUGAUGGUACUGUUCUUCUGGGUCAGGAUCCGGACUCUCUCCUUGGUGACUUUGAUGAAAGCCAGAGUUUUGUAGGUGAGAUUACAGACGUGAACAUGUGGGAUUAUGUGCUGACGGGUGAUCAGAUUAGGCACUUCAAUGAUAAGGUGUGGGUGGGACCAGAACCGAAUGUGAUUAACUGGGACACUGUGCAGUAUAAAGGACAUGGGACUGCCUUUGUAGUGCCAGAGAAGUAUAAAUAAUAUGUAAGACCCAUAUCUCUGCAUAAGGUCCUGUAAAAAAGUAAUGGGCCAUGUUUUCUGCAAUAGUGCUGAAAUUAGACAUUAUAUAUAUAUAUAUAUAUAUAUAUAUAUAUAUAUAUAUAUA